UGUUUAGUUGAUCUCAAUCACACGCCCUUGGGUCAGGUAAUAUACUGCCCUUGUCCCCAGCUGGAGUAGGUCAGUUGUAUACCCGCUGUCUGUCCGUUCACUCUUCCACCGCCAGUCUUUCGCUGCAAAUGCUUUGAGUCAUCUAUACAACGACGUGCAAUACAUACAUUCGUGUACAAACAUUCACUAAAUUCGCUGUCACUAUCUCGUGGCCUACCAUGUCACCUUCGAAACCAAAGCCUUCAGAGAUAGCAGCAGAAGCAAAACGAGUAUGGAUGCCCUAUAUCUGGAAGAACUACAUCAAAGACUCAAAGACCUCGUACCUCUACCCGGACGCCACACAGAUACGAGCUAGCUCAGAAGGCCGGUCAGCACAACGAACACGAGUAGCCGUUAUGGAGGGCGACCCGGUGAACUACGCCCUGGGCUGGUACCAGAGCGCUGCAAAUACGAAUGUGAAGAAGAUUCCCGUCGUCAACGUAGCAAACGAGAAACGGGCGGGCGGUGACUGGGAGUCCGGGCUCAUUGCGCCAGAAGAGUGCCUCGCACGGAGAAGCAAUCUAGUCCACGCCCUCACCAUGCCGUGGAACGCGCAACUCGGCCGCGAGGAGGACUUUUACCCUAUACCGCAGCGCGGUGGGAUAUACUCUCCAGAAGUUUUUGUCUUCAGAGGCGGCGCCGAGCAGGACUACGCCCCCUUCUCCGAAAUCCAGUCGCUCCCCGUUAUAUCCGUUGCGCCAGUGCGGCGCCCUAAGCUCGACGAGUCCGGCACAAAGUACUCGUUCGCGGCGGAGAAGGAGCUGAUGCGCGAGAAGAUGCGCGCGGUGCUGCGCAUCGCGUCGUACUGCGGGCACCGCAACCUCGUGCUGGGCGCAUUCGGGCUGGGCCCCAUCUUCAAAAACCCUGCGACUGAGGUCGCGCGCAUGUGGCGCACGCUGCUGUUCGAGGACGACGAGUUCUUCGGCGUCUUCCAAGACGUCGUGUUUGCGAUCGAUGCCGCGCAGGUCGGGCCGCCGUCCAAAGGCGCCCCAAGCGAUCUCGACAUCUUCCGCCGCGAGUUCGAUCCCAGUUCGAUAUUCCCUGUGCGGUACCAGGCGCGCGUGUAGCUCGCGGCGGCGCAGGUGGGGGUGGUGGGGAGCACGCAAAACCAUACCUAGUAUUACCAGUAAUUCUCGCGCCGCAGUGCAGGCCACGCGGCCCAACGACAACGC